AGGGCAGGCAGUUAGGUUCCGGGAUCUGCAAACUGGGAAAGCUUGAGUCGCAGCGACCUCCAGGCUCCUGUCCCCGAGGUGCCCCGCCCCGCGCGCCAGCUGCUUCCUGGAGCUGCAGAGCCUCGGCGUGGGGGAAAAAUGAGCCGUAUCUACCACGACAGCGCCCUCCGCAACAAGGCGGUGCAGAACGCGCGACUGCGGGGAGCCUGGGACCCCACCGCGCACCAGGGGGGAGAUGGUGUCUUGCUGGAGGGAGAGCUGGUGGAUGUUUCUCGGCACAGCAUCUUGGAUGCCCAUGGCCAGAAGGAGCGUUACUAUGUGCUGUAUAUCCGGCCCAGUUGUAUCCACCGGCGUAAGUUUGACCCCAAGGGAAAUGAAGUUGAGCCGAACUUCAGUGCCACCAGGAAGGUGAACACAGGCUUCCUCAUGUCAUCUUACAAGGUGGAAGCUAAGGGGGACACUGACAGGCUCACCCUCGAGUUGCUGAAGAGCCUGGUAAACAAGCCCGAGCUGCUGGAGAUGACAGAGAGCCUCACCCCAGACCAGACGGUGGCAUUCUGGAUGCCUGAGACAGAGAUGGAGGCCAUGGAACUGGAGCUGGGGACUGGAGUGCGGUUAAAGACUCGGGGUGAUGGCCCUUUCAUAGAUUCCUUAGCCAAACUGGAACUGGGGACAGUGACCAAGUGUAAUUUUGCUGGUGAUGGAAAGACAGGAGCAUCCUGGACAGACAACAUCCUGGCCCAAAAGUCUUUGGAGAGGAACACGACGGAGAUCCGAGAGCAAGGCGAUGGGGCCGAGGAUGAGGAGUGGGAUGACUGAUCUGCCUCCUCCCCUGCCAGCAUCUGCGAUGGCGUCAUUGAGAAGUGACCAUACUGACUUCCACCCCUGGAGAGAUCAGUCUGCCGAGCUAAA